GUGUGUGUGUGUGUGUGUGUGUGUGUGUGUGUGUGUGUGUUACUCUGGCAGAUGAGAUGAUAAUAAAGAAGAGCUGAAGCCAUGUCGUUCUUUGGCCUUGACUGUGUGAAAAAAAAGGAGAAAGAGACAGAGAGGAAGAUUCGGGCAAAUGACAGGGAAUACAACCUCUCUUUUCGAUAUGCGACUAACGGGAUCAAGACCUCCAAAUACAACGCUCUGACGUUCCUCCCCCUCAACCUGUUUGAGCAGUUUCAGAGGAUUGCCAAUGCAUACUUCCUCUGCCUGCUAGUCCUCCAGGUGAUUCCUGCCAUCUCUUCUCUCUCAUGGUUCACCACAGUAGUGCCCCUCGCUCUGGUGCUGACUGUAACUGCUGUCAAAGAUGCAAUUGAUGAUAUAAAUCGGCACAGGAGCGACCGUCAGGUAAACAAUCGCAAAGCAGAGGUGCUGAUCAACGGAGAGCUUAAAAGUGAGAAAUGGAUGAAUAUUCAAGUGGGCGACAUCAUCAGACUGGAGAACAACCAGUUUGUCACAGCUGACCUUCUCCUCUUGUCUAGCAGUGAGCCCAUGAACUUGGUUUACAUUGAGACUGCUGAGCUUGAUGGGGAGACCAAUCUGAAAGUGAAGCAGGCUCUGACAGUAACAGGAGAAAUGGGAGGGAGUGUUGAGGCCCUGGCUGCAUUUAAAGGAGAGGUGAUCUGUGAACCUCCUAAUAACCGCUUGGACAGUUUCUUAGGGACGUUGGUGUGGAAGGGACACAAACAUCCGCUGGACAAUCAGUGUGUGUUGCUCAGGGGCUGCACUCUCCGAAACACAUCAUGGUGCUUUGGCAUGGUGCUGUUUGCUGGUCCUGACACUAAGCUGAUGCAGAAUUGUGGGAAAUCCAGUUUCAAGAGGACGAGUAUCGACCGUCUGAUGAAUGUCCUCGUUCUGUUUAUCUUUGGAUUCUUGGUGUUGAUGUGUGUGAUCCUGGCAGUGGGUCACGGUAUCUGGGAACACUACGAGGCCAGUUAUACCACUUACAUUCCUCGAGAGCGAAACGUGGGAUCUGCCUUCUCAGCCUUCCUCACCUUCUGGUCCUACAUCAUCAUCCUCAACACUGUUGUACCCAUAUCACUCUAUGUCAGUAUGGAGGUAAUCCGUCUGGGGAACAGUUACUACAUUAACUGGGACAGACUGAUGUAUCAUGAGCGCAGCGACACGCCGGCCGAGGCUCGCACGACAACACUGAACGAAGAACUCGGACAGAUCAACUACAUCUUUUCUGACAAGACCGGCACACUUACACAGAACAUCAUGAACUUCACCAAGUGUUCCAUCGGGGGCAAGACAUACGGAGAUGUGAUUGAUCAUUACACAGGACAGAGACUAGAGAUCUCAGAGGACAUGCUCCCUGUGGAUUUCUCCUUUAAUGAUCUCGCUGAUCCAAAGUUCCAGUUCUAUGAUGCUGCUCUUUUGGAGGCUGUGAAGCUUGGAACUCCACAAGUUUGCAGUUUCUUCAGGCUGCUUGCUGUCUGCCACACCGUCAUGCCUGAUGAGACCAACAAUGAGUUAGUAUAUCAGGCUCAGUCUCCAGACGAGGGCGCUCUGGUGACGGCGGCCCGUAAUUUUGGCUUUGUGUUCCGUUCACGCUCUGCGGAGUCUCUGUGUGUUCUGGAGCGGGGUGAAGAACGCUGCUACGAGCUACUCGCCAUCCUCGACUUCAACAACGUCCGCAAGAGGAUGUCCGUCAUCGUGCGUAGUCCAGAGGGACAACUAUCACUGUACUGUAAAGGAGCAGACACCAUUGUUUACGAGAGACUGGAUAAAACCUGCAGCAAAUUGAUGGAUCUCACCACAGAACACCUGAACGAAUUUGCUGGGGAGGGUCUGCGCACACUGGUCUUGGCCUAUAAGGAUCUGGAUGAGCAGUAUUUCUCUGAGUGGAGACAGCGGCAUCAUGAGGCGAGCACCAUGCUUGAGCAACGGGAAGAAAAACUUAAUGACCUGUAUGAGGAGAUUGAAAGAGACCUGCAGUUACUUGGAGCCACUGCGAUCGAGGACAAGCUCCAGGAUGGUGUGGCGCAGACCAUCGAGCAGCUGACCAAGGCCGACAUCAAGAUCUGGGUGCUGACUGGAGACAAGCAAGAAACCGCGGAGAACAUCGGCUACUCCUGUAACCUGUUGCGAGAGGAGAUGACAGACACCUUCAUCAUUUCUGCAAACUCACAUGAGGAAGUCAGGAAAGAACUCCGAGAUGCUCGACUGAAGAUGCUUCCAGACUCAAGUGAGGAAGCUUCUUUCAUCUCAGAGACCAUUCUGGGUAAUGAGCCGAAAGUGUUGCACGAUGAGACCGUGAGUGGUGAUUUCGGCCUGGUUAUAAACGGCCACAGCCUGGCAUACGCCCUGGAGCACAGUAUGGAGCUGGAGUUCCUGCGUACAGCCUGUAUGUGUAAGACGGUGAUCUGCUGUCGUGUCACUCCUCUUCAGAAGGCUCAGGUGGUGGAGCUGGUUAAGAAAUACAAAAAGGCCGUCACUCUGGCUAUAGGAGAUGGUGCUAAUGACGUCAGCAUGAUUAAGGCGGCUCAUAUCGGAGUGGGGAUCAGUGGGCAGGAGGGUAUGCAGGCUGUACUGUCCAGUGAUUUCUCCUUCGCUCAAUUCCGUUACCUGCAGCGCCUCCUGCUGGUGCACGGUCGCUGGUCCUACCUGCGCAUGUGCAAGUUCCUACGUUACUUUUUUUACAAGAACUUCACCUUCACCUUUGUGCACUUCUGGUACGCCUUCUUCUGUGGGUUCUCCGCCCAGACGGUGUAUGAUCAAGCCUUCAUCGCACUCUAUAACCUGAUGUACACGGCGCUCCCAGUAUUGGGCAUGGGCCUUUUUGACCAGGAUGUGAACGACAGCUGGGGUAUGGAGUACCCUCAGCUUUAUUGUCCAGGUCAGCUGAGUGUGUACUUUAACAAGGGAAUUUUUGUGAAGUGUGCACUCCACAGCUGCUACAGCUCUCUGGUGCUGUUCUUUGUGCCCUAUGUUACCCUAAAUGACACCGCUAACUACCAGUCAUUUGCCCUGCUCACACAGACGUGCCUCAUCAUCACCGUGUGUGUUCAGUUGGGUUUGGAUCUGUCAUACUGGACAGCAGUGAAUCACCUGUUUGUGUGGGGGAGUUUAGGGAUGUAUUUCCUCGUCACCUUCGCUAUGCAGAGUGACGGACUGCACAAACUCCAGCCGGGAUCCUUCACCUUCAUAGGCACUGCACGAAACACUCUGGAUCAUCUCAACGUUUGGUUGGCGAUUGUCCUGACGGUCGUAUUGUGUGUGCUACCAGUGCUCUGUCACCGCUUCCUGUACAGCCAAUUCAUUCCCACUAUAAAUGACAAGGUGAGGUUUAUGGUGCACCAGAUGAAGGCCCAGCCUCCUCCUCCUCGCCGCCGCACCAGGAUUCGCCGCUCUAGCACUCGACGCUCAGGCUACGCUUUCUCUCACACUCAGGGCUACGGUGACCUCGUCACCUCCAAAUGGUUCCUACGCCGACAGGCCACACCCCGAGCCACUGGGUUCAUGCCCACAAUCCGCACAGCCCGGUUCAGCCCGACCGGGAAACAGCAGAACUCUAAACAGGAGGUGGAACCCCCGCAACUCCAGAACUAUCGCGUUGUAAAAGACUCUGCGUUUUAGAAGUGACGCUUUUUGAUGGACAUGGAGAACAAUAAUUAGAAUUGGGUUCUAACAGAAACAUCAGGGACUGCAGUGAGGCAUAAGCAAUAUUUAGGUUCCUAAAAGCAAAAUUUAGUGCUUGUUUUAAAGAUUAAAAAUGCUGGUGGAGGUUCUGGAACUCUGAUCAGAUAUCCAGAACUCCACCUUAUCAGGAUAUUGAGUAAGUAAAGGAUGUUGUUGAAGAAUCACUAUGAGACAUCAGUUCCUGUUUCAAAAGGAAGAAAUCCAAAACUGAUGCCCACGUUCGUAUUAAAUCAGGAGCAGUUCUUGAAGUCGGUUUCAGAACCUAUAAUGUGUUCCAUGAAUUACAGAAGGUUGAUGUUCAAGCUGGCAUCGGGACCUGAACUUAGCUUGAGAACCUAGAAUGAGAGUCAUCACCGUGUUUUAGGAGCAACAGUUAGGUUGGACUUCACAUUUUCUUUAACACCAUUUGGCAACCAACAGCAGAGUUUCUGGAGCAGUGUUUACAUGGUUCUGCUGUUCUACAGAACAGAACCCAAAACAGGAGACCCACACACCAAAGAGAACCGGAUGUUACCUAAACAUACAAAAACCUAAGACGAUGUUUAGAUUCUAAAUCUGUGGUUCUGAUACAUAUGUUAUUUUACAUUCCAUUGUAUAACUGUUACACAAUAUCACCUACAUGUAUAAAUAUGUUCACACACACAUACACACACAGAUUGUAGUACCAUGUUUUACACUUUCCUCAGAACUAUAGAAUAUUGGCAUUAGCAGGAGCAGCUUUUUACUUCCUAAAGGAGGGAACGUCAAGGGUAGAACCAACGUCUCGACGUCAUCAGUCAGUCAUGGACGUGUCCCCAAUCACACACUCUGCAGAUAUAUCCCAAACCCCUGCAGGUGUGGCACACAGGUGCAUCUUUUAUCUGAACAACACUGCAAAACACCAUGAGAUUUCAUCAGCACAGCUGGACAUGUGACGUGAAAUACGGCUAAGUUUGGUGACCUAUACUCAGAAUUCGUUCUCUGCAUUUAACCCAUCCAAAGUGCACACAAACAGCUGUGAACACACACACCGUGAACACACACACCGUGAACACACAACUGGAGCAGUGGGCAGCCAUUUAUGCUGCGGCGCCCGGGGAGCAGUUGGGGGAUUCGGUGCCUUGCUCGAGACUCGAACCCACAACCUUCGGGUUAAGAUUCAGACUCUCUAACCAUUAGGCCACUAUGUGCUGGGGACACCAAGGUUUAGAGUCACAUGAAACCAAAGCCGCACUUUACCUAACACUAAAGACUGAAGUCACAUGACACCAGACCUGAACACAGUUCAGUGUUGUGAUUUUAGUCAUAAAACAGGUGUGGAAACCUGCAUGACUCCAAACCAGAAAGUGACCAGUAAGUGCCUUAAAAAAUAGUAUUAGUCACAUGAGAUCGUGCUUGACUUCAUUACCGCUACACCAAACCCCAGAUGUUUUAGGUUAUUACUGAGUUUUCAGAUCUGUUACAUUUCCAAUUUUUUGCUUUCAGUUUUGAUGUUAUGUCUUUGUUUUUUUUGUUUUUACCUCUGUAAAUCAAGCCACUUCCACUGUUUCCCAAUUCUGUAGUCUUGUGUCUAAUGAACAACAGAAGCUCAGGUUAAAUGUAAUUUGUCAAUCACAACCAGAAUCAUGUGACAUGUGACACCACAAAGCUUCCUCUUCAUUUUACUCAGUGUUUACUUACAGUUUAGCAACGUUAUCUAAACUAGUAACUAUUAAAUAGUAACUAGUGUAGUAACUAACUUUAGCUAGUGUAGUAACGAACAUUAACUAGUUUAGUAAUUAAACUACUGUAGUGAAAUGAUUAGCUUUGAGUUUGACGUGUCAGAGGUACUGUAACUUAAAGGAUACAUACCAAAGUGACAAAAGUAAUGUUUUAGCGUAGUGUUCAUAGCAUGUUAUUGCAACUUUACACUUGCUUUAAUAUGUUGCUAACAAAGUUUCCAUGAUAUAUACGUCUAAUUCAUUACCUUGCCAGAUUUCCAUAAAAGAGCAGAAACCACUUUACUCCUUAGAACCUGCUGAGGACAUUAUUAAGCACUCCGAGUGUAGACCAUGCGUGUGGUUUGGGCAAGACAGGUUACUUAGCACCCUAUAAAGUAUAGACCUGGCUGUGUGUGUGUGUGUGUGUGUGUGUGUGUGUGUGUGUGUGUGUGUGUGUGUGUGUGUGUGUGUGUGUGUGUGUGUGUGUGUGUGUGUGUGUGUGUGUGUGUGUGUGAGAUACAUUUCCCUUUUUCCUUUUAAAAGGUAAGACACCUGAAAACCUGGGAAUCAAUACUGGUGAUGAUUUAAUGAACAAAAUAUUAUGUUUCUAUUUUUAUUACAGAUGUUUGUAUAAAUAAAAGCGUUUUAUAUCCAGAAA